CGAGGUUACCGGUUUUCAGUUGGCCAAGAUGAGAUUUUCGGUCCUCUCCAGCAUCCUUGCCAACGCGCUGUCCGCCUCGGCGGGUACCAUCCUGUGGGAUGGUCGCUUUAAUGACCUUAGCUCCUCGAAGGACCUGGAAAAAUGGUCGUGGGCCAACCAGGUCGGCCCUUACCAGUGGUACAUCCACGGCUCGUCCUCGGUGACGGCCUACGUCAACCUGUCGCCCGAUUACAAGAACCCGGCCGACUCGGGCUCCAAACAGGGUGCUAAGAUCACGCUGGACAACACAGCCUACUGGAACGGUCAGAACAUGCGCCGGACCGAGCUGAUCCCGCAGACGAGCGCCGCCAUCAACCAGGGCAAGGUGUACUACCACUUCUCGUUGAUGCGCAAGAACACCAACCCCCCAGCGACCACGCGCGAGCACCAGAUCGCCUUCUUUGAGAGCCACUUCACCGAGCUUAAAUCCGGCCUGCUGUCGGGCGCCCCGGGCGAGUCCGACUCGCUGCUGCGGUGGUGCGUCGGCGGCCAGACCCAGUGGAGCACCGACUGGGAAGCCGACGUGUGGCACAACGUCGCGUACGAAAUCGACUUCAGCGCCAACACGGUCGGCUUCUGGCACUCGACCGGCAGCGACCCCCUGACGCAGAAGGUUGCCCCCAUCAGCGCGAGCACUAGUAGCAACGGCGCCGACUGGCACGUCGGCGUGCUUGAGCUUCCGCGCUCGGGCUACCCCGACACCACCGAGGAUUACUACUGGUCUGGCGUUUACAUUGAGAGCGGCAGCAUCACCACCAACAUCGCGGGCCCUGGUGCUCCAUCGGACGGCGGCAGCGGCAACAGCACUACUAGCGUCACUGUGGCCCCCCCAUCGACAACGCUUGCUACCUCGACCACCAAGGCCUCCUCGGCCACUACCACCUCGGCUCCUGCCACCUCCACCACUGCGGGCUCCGGUGGUUGCACUGCAGCGCAGUGGGCGCAGUGCGGGGGCAUCAAUUUCACCGGCUGCACCACGUGCGCGUCGCCCUACAAGUGCAACUUCAUCAACGACUACUACUCACAGUGCUAUUAAGUCCAUGCAUGUAUGGCUGAGAAGGGUAUUUGUCGAAAGGAGUGCACCAUCGGAGUCCGGGGAGCUUGCAUAUGUAUCUAUUCGCUUCUUGUCGAUAUUUGUUGCUCAUUUGCGAUUAGCCCAAGCCGCAAACAACUGGUAAAUAGACUGCGUCACCACCACGUGCGCUUGUUCC